AUGAUCUCAUCCUCUAGAGUAUUUUGUGAUGAAGAGAGAAUAGAAGAAGAUGAAGGUGUUGACGCAAAUAUGGCACCCAUCUUCUUCUAA